ACUCAGAAGUCGCCCACUGGUCGUUUGUGUCAGUUUCCGAGAAGUGCCGCCGAAGUUUACUUGAUACGCACUUCCUUGUCAUCUGAUUGGUUAAAAUAAAUCGUUUUUUCGCAAUGGUGGUCCGAAGUCGACGUCAGAGAAAAGGCUAAUGUUUUCCAAUUGUUUGGAUGUACAUGACCGUGCUUGAAAAUAUUUAUAGUGUUAGUGCAUUAGUAAUAAUAGGACAAUCCAGGAUAUCUUGAUAUAGCCAUGACGUAUUAUUCAUAUUAUGCUAAUUUUUUGAAUCAUGUGUUUUUCGGAAAAUCCUUCUAAUGGAUGGGAAAAAAAUCUAUUUUAAACCCAAUCGUGAGGGGGUGAUCCUGUUACAAAUCACUCCACUGUGACAAUAGAACACUAUAUAAUAUAGAUCUAAACAUGCUGAAUUCAUUGAAGACUUGGUGAAUGUUCUAAUCAACAUGGCAAAUCUGAAACUUUAUUUAGAAUAUCGGUAGUUACAUUCAAGUCUGAAUUAAUUUAUUUUAUUUUUCAAAAUAAGUCGUCGUGUUAAAUAUUAUUUGUUAUUAGAAAGAAGAAUAUUUUGAGACCGUUUUUAGCUGCCAAUAUGAAGUGGCUAGACGCUCAACCAGAACUCUUUGCCUCAGUUCUGUACGCAGAACCCGGGGCCCUUGGUUUAAUUGCGAACAUUGUUGCUGCUCUGAUCGUUGCGAUCGAGAAUAUUUGUGAAGGUCCUCUGACAGGAACAGCUCUGGUACUUGCAGGUACUCAUCUGAUUAUUAUUGGUGGUAUUCUACAAUUGAUAGCUGGUCUAUUGUGUUUUAGAAGAAAUGACCAUUUAACGGGCACAGCUUUUGUGGUGUUUUCAUCACUGUGGAUAAUUGUGGGAGCGAAUUUCAUAAUGACUCCAAACUUUGACCCGGAAGUACUUAGGGUCGGCGUACUUCCUGGGCUAAUUGGAUUCAUGGCGGUGGCCGUAAUCCUAUGCCUGUGCGCAGUUACCGUCAACUAUAUAAUGCCACCAGUGCUCGUGGCCUUAUUACUAACUCUGAUAUUCGAAGGAGUUGGAUCAUUCUAUCCAUGGGGCAAAAAGGUAGCCGCAGCUUUCGAAAUAUUUAUAGUGUUAUCUAGCUCCUAUGCAGUGAUAGUCAUGACACUCAAAGGCGUCAGUCAGCGGUAUUUAUUGCCAGGUUUUGGUAACGCACCGUUUGAUCCCCUGCUCAUCAGAACCAAAGCUGCCACUAAGAAGAAGCAUGAAAAGAAGAAGGACACUAAGUAUGCUGAACCAAUGGGAAUGGGUUAUAUUGGAAAUGUUGUCCCUGCUGCCGUUCUCGUGUUCCACCAUUUAGGUUAUUUCUCAGACUUUCGACCAGCGAUGCCAAUGUUUGUUUUUGGUAUCUUCUGUCACAUAUUGGGAAGUUUCUACGCUUUCUUACGCCAUGAUCUAUUCCAUUCCGUACAAUUUGUGAUAUAUUUUGUAUUCUGGACAACCCGUGCUAUGAUACAACUGUUCGUGACCUUAGACUACCCAACAAAUGAUCGUAUCGUGUAUUUUGGACAGUGGGGCAUGGUUGGUAUGCUCAUUAUUCUAAUGGUGGUCUCGACAUGCCAAAGCAAAGUCGUCUUCCUGUACAACUUUCUCUUUACUAUCAUGAGCGUUCUGUCGGUGGAACAGAUCCCGGUCGCUGUACACAACUACACAUUUGGUGUCUCGGCUGCAGUUGUAGCUAUAACAUCUUUAUACGUAGCUAUGGCGCACUUGGCCAAUUCUAUUGCAGAAAAAUCAAUAAUGUUCCUGGGACUUGAAGCAGUUACUGCAGAAAGAUUAACUCAACUAUUUAAUGGCUAUUUCGCCAAGUUCAGAGAUGGGACAACCAAAAAUGAUGAUUACACAAAUGACGACAAAAUAUCAUACAAGAUAGUUGAUUGUGUAGGUUUGGUAUCUAGUGCGCUAGCUCUGUCUUGUCUAGCACCAGUAGAAGCUACGAGUGGAACUUACCCACUAACUGGCAUUAUUAUAGCUGGCGUCUUCCUUCAUCUGUUUACUGCCCGUCUUGCUUUUGCUGCUGGAAGUCUUGCUAAAUGUUACAUCAUGGUUGUACUAGCUUUGUUCUGGAGUGUAUGGACAGCAAUUCUAUUUGAUGAUUCCCUGCUGUCUACAUUGAGACCUGCUUCCAUCGCCAUCUUAUGUCUACACACGGUUUCCAUGGUACUGUCAGCAGCUUUCACUAGAGUCUGGAUUCCCUUCUCUCUAAUGAUGGAACUAUGUGCCAUAUCUCUGGUAGUUAAAUGUUUCAACGUCAACCCACCUUGGAUGAUUCUUGUAACAGCUGUAUUAACAGCUGUUGUGGCUUUUUACGGGGCGUUUGCUGAGAUUGUAAAUGGUGUUUUACAAGAAUAUAUCGUUCCUGUUGGUGAACCUAUCUUAAAGGAAGUUGAAAUCAAAGAAGAAAAUCAAGAACCACCAUGUCCCUUAUUCUCAUCCCAGAGAACAUCGAGUCUGAUGAAAGUAGCAGAUAUAUUAGAUGAUGGUGGUGUAGUUGGUACACCUACUGACACAGUGUACGCUUUAGGUGCAUCCUGCAAACAUCCCGAAUCUAUCAAACGAAUCUACCAUAUUAAAGGUCGCCCUCCAGAGAAGCCCAUCUGCCUUUGUUUGUCAAAUCUUGAUCAGCUAGUCGAAUCUAAUCCAGUUUUCAGUCCGUUGUUGUGGGCUUUCAUGAGACGUUGUUACCCAGGAGGAAUCAGCUGUGUCGUACCCAAGGGUCCAUGGAUGCAGAAUCUUGGUCUCGGUGAUGCAGUUCAGUAUGUUGGCACCAAAGAGAGUAUCUGUAUACGAGUUCCCGAUAGUUCCGUCUUAGCAUAUCUAGUAAGCCUUUCUGGUCCUAUUGCUUUGACGUCGGCUAAUCCCAGUGGUGGCGCUGAUAGUAUUCAUCACGAUAUGGUUAUAGACUCUUUAGGACAUAAAUUAGAUGGUAUAAUAUGUGAUGGUGAAUCUAAUGAACUGGUAGCAUCAACCGUGGUCAACUGUUUAAAAAUUGAUGAAGGAGUUAUAACUUACUUCAGAAUAGGCUGUACACCCAAAGAACGAGUUGAUCAACUAUUUGAAGAUGCUAAGGCUGAAAUGAACAAUAAAUCUAAUUCAUUAAGUGUGGAUGUACCAUACACCAAGUCAUAAUAUAAGUCUGAUCAAUUGUUUCAAUGGCAUUUAAUAAUUGAAUCAGAAAUAAAUAGAAUACAACUGUGUUGAAUACACCUGCUGUUUAUUAUUAAUUAUAAAGUAAUUAGUAUCAUGUCAGUAAUUUUAUUCUACAGAAUACGUUCUCUACUAGUCAGUUAGACUCGUAUAAAGCACAACUUAAAAUACUACCAGACCAUACACCAAUAAAUAAAUCUCGUACUAGCUAUUGUUUAUAUUUAUGCAUGCAGUUUUAAAGGAACAAGACUUCUUUUAUUUGGUUUGAGCUAUGUGGUAUAUUGAUAACUGGUGUGACAAGCUAUAUACGAUUAAAAUUUCACGUUGAAAGAGUAAGCGGAACUCGAUCUGUUUACUAAUUUUAGUUUCUUUUUAGACUUAAAACUGUCGACUGUUGAAAACAAAGUCUGUUAUAUAUAUCAGACUUAAUCCACGGACUAAUAUUUUAUUUCGUUUCGUUUUAAUGGUUCCAAGCGGAAUUUCAUUAACAUCUGAUUUAAACAGGGUUGCAUUUUGAAUGUAGUGAGUUUAUCAUCUGUAAAACCACAUCAUAACACGUCAUACAAUCAAAGAGGUCAUGACCUUAAUAUUUAGAAUAUUCGAAAAAGAAUUUGUUUUUAUAUUGGUUUGUUUUAUGUCUCUGUCCAAUAAACAAUAGAAAGUAAAAGCACACGAUCUCAUAUAUUUAUAGGUAAUAAAGCAAAUUGAAUAGUAACAUUUAGAAAAGUAUGUAUAGUACUCAUUAUAUAUAAUCUUCAUUGUUUCGUAUGGCACACUUUAAUGCUGUACAUGUAUCGUAUGUUUCAAAAGAGACAUUCGUUUCACGGAAAUCCCUAUUUAACGUGUAAAUAUUAUCCAAAUAUGAAAUGCCAUUUCCCAAAAAUAGUCAAUCGUGCCAUGAUACACCAAACAAUAGUUGUAGCUGAUUUCAAAGGUAGCUUUUCUAUAAACAUUUUAAAAUGAAACUUCAGCUAGAUCUAUAAUAAUAAUAAUAAUAUCUUUAUUUUCAAAGUUGUGAUUGACUAAAAUAAAGGAGAAAUAUACAUUGACUAUAUUAGGGAAAUAUAUUGAUUUGGAAAUUUUGUAUCUUUUAAAAUACCAAAAGAUUUCUAUUAUAUUAUUAAUUGAAU